AUGUCUUGGAAUCGUCUUAUCCGUUUUGUCGACGACAAUGACGUUGAACAUUUCGGCGAGCCCCAGGUUCAAGACGAAACAGAUCUCUCGACGCUUCAUGACAGGAUUGAUCUAUGGGUGGUCACCUACGAUGGCGCAAAUCCCUUCUCACCCCUCGUCAAAGGUGAGCGCAUGCAUGUAAAGGCACUGAAGCCUCUUUUAAGGCCAAAGGAUGUCCCGAUCGUUCGCUGUAUUGGUCUAAACUAUGUCAACCACAUCAAAGAGGGUGGCCGAACACCACCUCCUUACCCCUCUCUCUUCAUCAAACCUGCAACAUCAGUUGCUGCUUGGAAUGAGGACGUGCCGAUUCCAAAGGUCGCUCAAGACGGGACUGUCGAUUAUGAGGGUGAACUAGCCUUUGUGAUCGGCAAGACUGGCAAGAAUAUCCCCAAAGAGCAUGCGCUGGAGUACGUUGCGGGCUACCUCACCGCCAACGACGUGUCUGCGAGAGCCUGGCAAAGAGAUCCAGCAAAAGCUGGCGGAGUCCCCCAAUGGAGCUUCAGCAAGGGUUUCGACAAGUUUGCCCCUUUCAGCCCGGUGCUGGUGUCCCCAGCGGUGGUCGGCAACGCCAGCGGUCUCGUACUGCAGACCUUCGUCAACGGCAAAGAAAGGCAGCACGAAAGUACAGGUGAUUUGCUCUUUGGGGUGGAAGAGAUUGUGAGCUUCAUCAGCCAAGGUACGACCUUGGAGGCGGGAACCGUUGUGUUGACAGGUACGCCGUCAGGCGUUGCUAUGGGUAUGAAGCCGCCAAAGUACUUAGCUGACGGCGACGUGGUGGAGGUAAGGAUCAGUAAGCUUGGUGGUGUGAAAAACAAGAUGGUAUUUGAGUAG